UUAUCGUCUCCCCAAUCUUCCAUUCCGUGUAUUAUUCCAAUGUAAUACGCAACAUUAUGUUCUUCAACUAAACAAACAACUCUCUUCACCUUUGUCGCGAAUUACAAUAUUAUUUAUUCGCAGAGAUUAGUAUCACGACAUCUUAUUAGGACUUAGUCGAGAAGAUUUACCGACCAGGAUAAAAGUAGGGCGUAGAACACAUGAGGCUCGGAUCUUUAGUGGCAAUAAGCUAGCAGGCGGCUGAUACCGACAAAUAAAUGGGCUCAUACGACGCUGAUUAAAGCCACUAAGUCUUACUAGCUCAGCUAGAUUACUGCGAGCAGCCAUCCCUAGUUAUUGUGAAAUAAGUAGCUACUUAAUUACAAGUAAUAUGAACAUAGCCUGACUCGACAUAUUGCGUUGAAUAGAAGGUAAGUACGAACUAAUCUUUCUAUGAAUGGUUUGCAAAUCGUUAACUGGAUUUCUAAAUAGUAGCUGGGAUCCCCACGGAUGCGGGCAGUCAUCUGAUUCGCUCGUCGUGUCAGUCGUGCACGCACACAAUGGUAACGUGUCUGUGAUGUUGGGCGAGUGUGUGCGAGACGAGGUAGCGACGCGCCGCCAACUAGCGGCACACGCAGCCGCGCGACUGGUUCGAUGUGCGUCACAGACCGGUUCGAAACCAGUAGCGCGGGGCCCGCCGCACCGCACAGGUCGUCCGUGAGUCGCAUACUGGUCUGCGAUCAUCAUGUCGCGAGAUAUUAUGAGUGAGCAACAAAUCAAUAUCAAAUUCGUGAAAGAAGUACAGAAAUAUCCGAUGCUGUACAACUUCGAGCUGCCUUCAUACUCCCGAAGGGAUGUCAGCGACGAAGCUUGGAAAGAAGUGGGCAAGGCCAUGAAUAUGACACCGUCAGCCUGCCGAGAAAGAUGGCGGAACCUGAGAGCUGUCUUCAUGAGGACUAUGAAAGCGCCGCCGCCGAGGGUCACAGGGAAAAAGAAACCUUAUUACUUGGCCGAUGUGAUGCAAUUUGUCGUACCAUUCAUGAGACCGAUCGCUAUGGCAGAAGCGGCUAAAGAUAAACAAAAGAAGAAUCAACCACCAGAUCCUAAAGAUGGAGACAACCAGCCUAUUGAGGUAGAAAUAGACCAUAUCAAAGUGGAGCAGGUGAAACAAGAGGAGGAUUCUGAUGCAUACGGCCCGUCCUCUGUUGAGGAGGACAGGGAAGGAACCCCUCAGGCAAGGAAACGGUCACUACAGGACGACAGACACCCACAGAACAGCAAAACGCCCAAGCUACAGCCGUCAUCCAACGCGGCACUAGACAGUGAUCAUGUGAAGUCAUUCCUCAAUAGUCUCCUACCAGAACUUCAUGAAAUGAGCUCACAACAGUUCAAACACUUCAAAAGACGGGUCCUGCUGCUGAUAGAUGACAUCACGACAGAAAUACCAGCCAGUCCACGGAGACGGCAGGACGAUGAAUACAUUUUAUAAUUGUAAUAAUUUAUUAUAUUUAAUUUUUAAUAAUUAAGACUAAAACUAUUCGUAGGUCACCAAUUAAGAAUAAUACUUAAUUAAGAAAGAAGUUCAAAUUGUAAUUUCAAAUAUCAAAACACUGCCUUAGUAAUUAAAGAGUAUUUUUAUAUUACUGUUUUUUUAAUUUUCGUGUUGUUUCUUCUA